UAUAAUCGUCUGUGUGUGCAUUCAGAUACACUCGUUCCCAAACACAUUGACAGAUUCAGAAGGAUCUGAAGUCGCACUCCAGUAUGUCCGAAACGAAGAAACAGCCGAGCAUAGACUCGUCCAGUUCGAACCCCUGGGAGAGUCUGGGCAGCCCGACGCUGCUGUGGUCUCCCACCUCCGGGCUUCCUCUGCAGGACGGGCUUUACACGGACACCAAGUUCCCGGAGCAGGACAUGCUGAUUCAGAAAGACUUGGUUUGGAAACGACCAAAGGUGAGCCAAAAUUAUCCUCUCCAUCUCAUUCUCAGACUGAAGGGUGGUUAUACUGCUCUGAAUAUGGGUUACCCUCAUGAGGCGAUGACAGACAUGACAGGUGGGGUUACAGAGGUUUUCACGGUGCCGUCUGACCCUCGAAUGCUGGGCUCUUUCCUGCACCCGCUGCUGCAGGAAGGAGCUCUGAUCAACUGUGGUAACACAAGGGGUGCCAUCGAGCAGAGCAAUGAGUUUGGGAUUGUGUUUUGGCACGCCUACUCUGUGACCGGCUUGGAGACGAUCAAGACUACGAUCGGUCCGGUUCAGCUGGUGCGGAUCAGGAACCCGUGGGGUAAUACUGAAUGGGAGGGGCCUUGGAGUGACAAAAAAGGGUACAAAACACCUGAACUAACGUGCUCAUUCCUGCUGGCGCUCAUGCAGAAACACACUCGUAAGAGAGGAGUGCAGUCCGAGGUCACGCUGCAAAUAUACAAGGCCCGAUCCGAACGUGAUUUCCUCUCCUCUCUGGACUUGUCUCAGUCGAGCCCGGUGCUCAGCACUGCUAAAGACAAGCGGCGGGAGCUGGUGCUUCGUGGUCGCCUGGCACCCGGUCAUUACAUCAUCAUUCCCUGCGCAGAGACCAGUAAGGAGGAAGAAUUCCUUCUGAGAGUUCUGACCGAGAAAGCAAACAAAACCAUAGCUGUUGGGACACCAGGAGUAGAUAGAAACUCGAUUACACCGCCAAUGUCUCCACAUCUCGCAGGUCUGCCGUCUGGAAAUGAAGCCAGAGAGCUCUUUGUGAAACACUGUGUCAAGGGGCCUUAUUGUUCCCCUUUGGAUCUGUAUAACCUGCUGACAGAAGCCAUUGCCAAAGGAGUCUUUGCAGGUAGCGAGAAGCAGCUGAGUUUGGAGCACUGCAAGAGCUUCGUGGUGCUCAUGGAUAGCCAAGGAAUGGGACGACUCGACUUGAUAGAGUUCCAGGCAUUGUGGGCAAAACUCCGGAAGUGGACGGGUAUCUUUAUGACAUUCGACAAAAACAAGAACCAGGCUCUGGAUUAUCUAGAAAUCCCACCCGCUCUGAGAGCAGCAGGCAUACGGGUGGAUGAAUUCAUACUGCAGCUGAUCGGCCUGCGCUACACGGAGCCAGAUAUGAACGUCAGCUUCCCGGGAUUCCUCUUCCUGCUCACCAAACUGGACUGCAUGAUACGCAAGUUUCAGGCAUUUGAUGCGACAGGGAUGGGAGUGAUUUCAGUGAACUGCAGACAGUUCCUGCACAUGACCAUGUACAACUGAUUCCAGACCAGCUGCAGGGAAACAGCUCUACAUCUGCUUGAACUGUUCUAUAUAAACAGAUCGUUCCUGGAGUGGAAGCUGAUUGGUCAAUACAGUGUUACAUUAAAGUUACAAUACUAUAAAUUCUAUAUUAAUAGAUAUGAUGCAAAACACAGCUACUUUAUAUACAGUGGGUACGGAAAGUAUUCAGACCCCCUUAAAAUUUU